AUGUCUUUACUUUUCUUAAAAAAAAUGUUAAGAACAGGCGCAUUAUUGGGUUUAUGCAGUUUAAUGCUUUGCGCAAUGCCCGGUUUUGGAACCCAUGCUGUCGCUUUGGUUAAGAGAGGUUGGAAGAGCUUUCUUCUUAAUGCAGGUACUGUAUUUUUUGGUGAGAUUGCAACAGGUGCGUAUUAUGUGAAAGCCCUUACAUGUAAUGAGGCUGCUAUGGUGGCAAUUAUUGGCGCGAACGUUGAAGGUGCAGUGGCUUGUAUUGGUGCUUAUGUUGUCGGUGCUGCUGCUGCGGCUAUAUUUGCUGGACUCGCUGCAGAAGGUGGUAGCGCUGGUUGGGUUUGGUGGAAGGGAUCAGGGAUUGCCAAAAGGGAUACGGUUAUCACUCAAGAGUUACCGCUCGCUAAUAUGACACUGUACGGUGGCCCAGCAGUUACAAGCUAUCAUAUUGACUACCUUAAUCAAACUCUAGGAAAGUAUUUUGAGAAUGUAGGUUUUGUUUCAAAAGCCGGUAAUGGACUGGAAGAUGGCAUUACAAAACGUAGCAUCUUGCCUGAAAUGGUAGUUUGGAGAAUCGAAGAAUCUACCCAUAAUGUGACAGUAUUGGUCGCUGACGAGCAUUUUGAAAAAUCUGUCACUGCUUACAGGUCAUAUAUUGAUAGCAAUUACACCUACUUUGGCAAACGUGAUGACGGCGAAUGGUUAAGUUAUAAUACAUAUGGCUUUAAUGUUGCUGCUUCUGAGUUUUGGGCUUUGGAUAUGAAAGAAGACGCCAAUGCAGCAGCGAACGACAUCGGAAAUAUGGUUGUUUCUCAAAUUCAGCCAUGCACGGAAACAGAUUGUUAUGGGGUAGAAAAUAAAUUCUGUGCUUCUUGGGGAGAUAGUGAAACAAUGGGAGACCGGUCUAUUAUCGUCGGAGAAGUUUAUAUUGCCGCAUACGGGGGAAUUGAUACUGAAUGUCAAAGUGGUUAG